GAAAUGUUAGUAGAUGCAAAAUUAGUGCGACUAUUUAGAGUUUCCCCGUUUCAUUUUGAAUUCGAACUUAUUCGUUAAACAAUUUAAUUGCGAAUUUUCGAAAACCAACGGUGAUUAGAAUCCUGUCGUUCAUGUGGAGCUAAACUUGCCAUAUUGCCUUCCUUGCUUCUAUGUCCCUGUAUGCGUACAAAUCUAGCUGCACUAACACAGUCGUUUCCAUUGGACACAUAAAAUAAAUAUAUACAUCUCCCCUUUGAAGCUUUUGCGCUCUUCAUGCCAUCUUCGUGGUGUGUGUAGUUCAUACACCCUGCACAAGGGGGCUUACACACAGUUUUCAAUAUAUUGUGUUCUGAGGGGUUGUUCGCGUAUGGCACCCUCGCACAUGAAAUGAUUCAGUCGGCGGCAUAGUCAUAUUACGAGACAGAGAUUGCCCCCGCCGAAGCGUGUCAAAGUAGCCUACUACCAAAGAGGAAAGUGAAUACUAGAGUACGGGUGGCGAGAAAACUAUUCGGGAAAAAAUCAGGAAAACUCAUGUUAAAAACUCCAUGAAAAUUAUGUAAAUGACCAGUGAUGAGUGGUGAGUGAUGUGUCUUUCAAAUGAACGUUCGAAAUCGAGGAAGAAAGGCUCGUGCCGAGCUAUCGGUUCGAAAAAGUAUUAAUCUCGGCACAGGGAUCGACCUAUAAUGGAGUACACCCCGUUCCUUACUCCAAUAUGGAGUCACGUCACCAUCGCGCGAGUUCAUAGCAAUAUUCCCUUCUUGUUUUGUGAAUAAUAUUCGACAUUUUUACCAGGCGUCCUGGUCUUCUUUAUAAGUAAGUGUCCUGUGAAAAUGGCUAUUGGAAAAACAUCCCCCGCACAAGGGCUCGGCGCAUUUUCGCAGUAACGUUGAAAACCGUAAAAGAUGGUCGUUGCUCAUCGGAACCCAUAAAUAAAAUUCAACAGCAUAAUAUCGCGCCAUAACAUACCAUAAUGCAAAGGAAAAGGUGGUGUGAAAUAGUGUUCGAUAUCGGUGACGAAUAGUGGGCUUGAUCCAAGGAAAAUUAAUGCAAACGAUGUUUGGGUAAAGCUGCGGCUAUGACUGGAAAAGUGAAAAUUAUUCAAGAAAUCACCACCGCAAACGAAGAAUUUGAAUUCACGCCGAAGGGGUUGGAGCAAACCAGUGAGUGACACCUCAAAUUUAUUGCCUUCCCAGUGCGGUGUUUUCCAAAUUAAAAAAAAAUUAGAUGAAUUCCGUGUUUUUUCCGUAGAUGAAUGAAACAUUCAUCUGAGGUACCGCUGUGGUGUGUAAUGUGCAUGUGUGUAGCUCUUUCUCUACCCUCAAGUCAAUCUUCAUUCAACCCUAUUUAACGUAUACAUUGCCCAAUCGGUUACUCCUUUCGUCUGACUGAGGAUUCCAUGAAAGCCACGACGGGCGGACAGACGAACGGACGGUCGGUCUCUAAUCAAUUCCAGUGAAGUAUUCAAAACUGCGCCAAAAUAGUUAAGGGUACGUUUGAGACAUUGUCUCGGUGGCGUCAAUUGCCCUACGUAAGGGUGAAUUCACUUUGAGUACUUGAAUUUAUGUAUGUAAGAGGAAAGUGAAAAACGGCGACAGAAACGACUAUUUUACGAUUAUCCUGUGAAGAGGAAGAGGACACGAAGACUAAAAAGUAUAAAUUGUGAGUGAAAGGGGAACCUGUGCGGUGGUAGAAAACACAAUUGUAGGGGUGGCAAUCUUGAAGACGUUGUGCGCUUCGGUUACGUUGUUCCGUGGACAUUUUAAAGGCUAAAGCGGUACCGUGAGAAUUAAUUAUUGUGUUUUUGAUCAAGAUCGGAAUACAUUCGACACGCCAGUAAUAACUAUAUUACGUCAUAUCCACACCGGAUCUGCUCCUGUUCCAAAUCCUUGAGCAACCCCGGCGGCACCAGCAGCACCAACAAUGACUACCAUCUCUCAACAAUUGUAAAAUAUAUUCUUCGUCUUGACGCUCUAAUGGUUCGCAAUAGAUGGAGGGAAAUUUAAAUAGUUUUGCGUGUAAUGGAAAUAUUCAUGUCAUUGUAGUCCUGUGAAUGCGAACGACUCCGCCCCGAAUAAAUACACGGAGAAGGAUGGAACGCGGGAGUGUACGAGUUCGUUUUGAAUAUUCAUGAAAAUCGAAAUUCCGUUUGUUGCAAGUCGCAACUCUGGCGAAAUUUCGCAAUAAUUGAAAAGUCGAGAUUCACAUGAAAACAGGUCACACUCGAAGGAUUGAAUAUCCAACAAACGACAAUAAGGACCAAAUCUAAAAUGCUGUAAUACCGGCUCUAAAGGAAAGGAGAGGAGCUGAAAAAAAAAACCGAAACAAUCGGUUUCCAGCUGCUCCUAGUGCUUGCAAGUGAGUAAUUUGAUGAGGUGGAAAAGCGUAAGGAAUUAAUGGAUGAAUUGUUAGUUGCAGCCGGAAGCUUCCUGGAUGACAACUCGCUUUGAUUUUCCAUUCCAUUCCGAUGCUAAUAAGUGAACUGCUAAUGGGACCGAUUGAAUCUGAUUAAAUCAAUGGCUUUGAAUUAAUGAUCCAAUGAAUUUCCAUCGAAUGUAUUAGUGCGGAAAACUUGCUUCGAAAAGUUGGCGAAUAGAGCCACAAUAUCGGGGAGCCAUGUUAAUCCCAACUUCGUGUGGUCCUGGACCACCACGGGCGCUGGAUUUCCGAAACAAUAACAUUUCAGAAAAGAAGUUGAGUUGUUGCAAUGAGAACCCCACGGAAAUGGAGACAACGCAGGAUUGUGUUAGGUGCGAAGUGAAUGUGAAUAGAUUGAGGACAAGAUACCGUCGGAAUUGCCAAACUUUUAUCGGGUUCGUUCUGAGCAUUGUCCUUUUGCUCACUGUCGCAGCGGAGCAUGGAGCUAGCGCCGAGAAGAGUAAACACUAUUACAUCCAGUCAUUAUGUAAGAACCACUUCCUGCAACAACUCUAUCGGAAAAUAGACGGAGGCGUGCUGUGGUCACAGAAUGAACGCAACUUAGAUUGCGUCAUAACAUUCCAAACGCACUCCAUCUUGCAACGUUUCAUGUUGCGAUUUGAUAUGCUCCAGCUGGAUUGCAACGAUCAUUUGUACGUCUACGAUGGAGCUCACGCUGUCGGCAAUCAUAAAGCUGACUUAUCAUGUCGUAACACAAAACAAUCUGUUGGUGCUAUCUUUACACGAACAAAUUUCGUAACAUUAAAAUAUGUGACGGAUGGUUGGGGUACCGACACAAAUGGCUUUAAGUUAGUAAUAACAGCAGUAAAAGAUCCAAAGCACGCGUGUAAAGACUUUCGAUGUAGUGUUCGAGAAUUCUGUAUCCAUCCAGAUUUGGUGUGUGACGGUGUGAACCACUGUGGAGAUGGAUCCGAUGAAGCGAAAAGUUUAUUAUGUCAGAAUCAAGAUCCAAGCACAUUACUUGGGCUGGAGAUGACAUGGUUCAUUCUAAUAGCUGUAAGCAGUCUUCUAGUAGUAUCAGCAUGUAUAGUUGGCGUAUCAAUAUGCAUAUGUCGCCGUAACGCAGCAAUCGCAUCCAAUCAGAACGCUUUUCAGUUACGUACAUCCGCUGAAACGAAUGGUUCAUCGAAACACUUGCAUGGUACACUGCCACGCGAACAUACAACACUGCCUCUGACGUCGGGAAACUGGCAUCACCCUGCGGGACCAUCAGGGUACCACCGCAUACAACACAAAUUGAAGAUGGCCACCAAAGUCCGUCCCAUUUGGUGCCUGGCAAAUUCAGACAAUUAGGUCCUGAUUUAUCGCAACAAGCCACACAACAAACAGCCACGGCUAAUUCAAAUGCACAAAAAGAUGAAUGGUUUGUUUAAAACGCAGCAGAGAGGAUUUUUGUAGUUAACAGCACCACCAUCAACUCGGAACUCUUUGCAAGACACCAGAACAAGGACGUUUUAAACGGAGCAAAUAACGCGCAGCUAUAUGAAGAUAAAAUUUAUGUUGGCAAUAAAAAUUUAUUAUUUCCAAUUAAACACAAUUAACACCACUUACCAGUACCACCACUUACAAAACCGAGAGAAGAUAAUAAAUAGUAAAUCGCACAUACAUCUAAUUUCGCUGAGCACACACUGUACAUCAUCAUCACCACCACCAACCAGUAUAGAGGAACCGGAGGACGGCAACAGCAAGAACGUAGCAGAAAAUAGGAAGAUAAUAUCCAGGAUAACCUUAUUCCUCAGUUUGCAUCGAAUGGCGAAGAAGGAGCAGAAAACACCAACAACGAGGCGGAAUUGAAUGGAAAUCUUCCCAAGGACCUAAACAUUUCCGCGAAGGGCGGCAAUGAAAUCAUCAACAAGGAUUCCCUCUUGACCGGCUACUUUCCAGCUGCUUUAUCUGCUUUUAUUACGCAAGGAAGAAUGGACGCGGAGGAUGAGGGUCCUACGAAAUAUGAUGAUUAAAGGCAAUCUCGGGAAAAAUAACCAGCCAGCGGGAAGAGAAGCUCCGAUAUUUGGUUCUCCUGAAAUCCAUCUGGAAGGAUACGCACCAGUGGAGCCAUUGGUCGUAUCUUUCGGAACGUGUAUAUCUGUACAAUUAUUUCGUCUAUUAGGCAAGCAACAGGGAAAUUUAAUUAAAUUAAAAAUGCAGCGAAUUCGCGAGCUAAGAGGGACGGGGACUUUUUUUCUGACUCCAAUACAGUUACAACAGCAACAACAACCAACAGUUCAAACACAUGGAAAUUAAAUGAAUUAGUUUUUAUUGUUAAUACGGAUAUUUGCUAGGCACUUUUUGAAGACUGCAGCUGUGGACAUCACCACGCAGGGUGUAUUAAUUGGGAGAUUAUUGUGUACCCAGAUCUCCUACUGGAUGGUAAUCGGAUAACCAUCUUUUAUUGUAAAUAUUAAACAUUUCUAAUUCAAAAAAGAGAAUAAUGAAAAUUAUAAUUAUAUAAAUAUUAGCAUAUUAAAUGAAUAAAUAAAUGAUUGUUUUAUAUAUUGAAAAAAAUAUAAAAAAAUAAUAAAUUACCGAAUGAGGGCUAACGAAUGUGUAAGUCAAAAGAAACCACUAAAAUAGCUUAGAAAUACUAUUAGGCCAGUAACUGUGUAAUGGAUGUAACAAUAAUAAAAAUGAAAUAUCAAGAAAAAAAAAUACAAAAACUAUACGACCAAAAAAUAACUGAAUUAAAUUAACGAAAAUAAUUAGGUAAUAAUUAUAGUCGCAAAAAUAUAACAAAAAUACCUACCUAUGUAUAGAGCAAGCGAGAAAGUAUAUAUGAAUAUAUUAUAAAUCACAAAAUCUAAAACGAUAAUUGAAUUAUGAAAAUAACUUAUGGUGAAAAGAUAAGAUUGUGUAGCGAAUUUUCUAACUUGACGACUAUUAGUACAUAUUCAUUGAUUUGACUUUUUACAACUGUAUUAAGUUUGCCAGUAAAGAUACAUUAUGAGGAAACCAAGAAGAAGUUACAGUAGUAAUUGCACAUGAUUUUUAGAGAGAUUUAGAUUAAAUACCAUAUUUACAUUUUUCCAGUAAAAGGAUAGUGCUGGAAGGAGUAAGCUGGGUUGCAAUUUGAAUUUCAUUGUUUAAAAUUAAAUCCGAGAAAGGCAUCCUUUUUGAUCGCUGACAACUUUUUGUCAGUGGUAAAAGUAGAGGUCUCAUGAGCGGAGAUAGUUUUGUUAGAAUGCUUUUCGAAGGCGUGAUCGGAAACUCCUUCCAGCUUGAAGAUCCACACUUCCAGCAAUAGCAACAAACAACAUAAUCGAGGAGAAGUUACUGAAACCAGUCAAUAUCAAAACCAAAAGCAAAUGCAUAUUAACACUCUAACAUAUCUUGUGAAACAUAUUCAACGAUUGUUUUUAAAUAACGCAGCAAGUAAGCGAACACACAAAGGAAUAAGCAAGUCAACAUAUGAAUUAUAUCAGUCACCAACACAUAAUCGAUGAAUCGAAUAUUUCUAUAAUUAUUUACUGUGGAAAGUAGUCAACUUUUUUUAUAAAUUGCAUUUACUUUAGAUUGAUUAUACUCAAAAUGAAAUCAAACUUUUGGACAUUUUUAUUUCAAUGUGAGCUAAUAAGUGUUAAUAGGACAUUGCAUUGUAAUAGGGUUAAGAAAAUUUGAAAUCUAUCAAUUGCGCUAUUUUUGGAGUAAUAUCAGCGAAUUUGUUGUUUUUUAUUUAUAGAAUUAAAGCGUAUACUUACACUAAGUUAUAUAUGUAAAAAUGCAAAAGAUAUCAAAUGACAAUAUUUCCCAUUUGUAUCUCUCUCUCGCAAAGAAUAUCUGUUAAAACUUAUUAACAAAACGUAUAUUUAUUAAAGAGCUAAAAAACGUUAGCAACCACAAUAUCUAUGGAGAAACUUUUUGAAAAAUACAAAUUACGCGUUACUGUAAUAACAAAUUAAAACUGAAAAAAGAAAAAUUGUGAAAAUGUGAGAAUACCUUUCAAGAAAAUUAAUCUGAAUAAGAAAUUGAAAUUCAAAUAAAACAAAAAAAAACACAUAUUUUUAGAUAUGGAUAAAAAGAUUGAAGUGGAAGGAAUAUAUUUACUAACAUGUAAGAUAAUGUUUGGGGGAAUAUAUUUCGAAAGGGGAGUUAGCACACGUUUCAAUUACCACUUCUAAUUAUUGGCAGCGGGAAAUUAACGGAAGCAUAUCAGUUUUCAUCUUGGUCAUUCCAUUCACAUGAAUAAACAUUUCAUUUCAGUAUUUCAAUUUGGCAUCUAAUCCUAUUGUUUUAGUGCAUUAAAUCAGGUUUUAUUUUUUAUUGUCUAAGGAUUGAGGGAGUCCUAAGUCUUUAUUGUUCUUUUUUUAGUUAUUUGAACGAGGCUUCAAGGGUUUUUUCUUCAGAUUCAAAGACAAUCUAUUUCAAAAUAUAUAAUAAAUUUUACUUGGAGAGCCGGAAAUCUCAAACUUUAUGACUUUAGCCAUUUUGAGUGAAUCAGGAUCCAGGACAUAGCUCCCCAACAGAUCUCUGUUUUAAUCAAUAGAAUUAAAAAUUCACUCUCUAAAAUAGAUUUUUAUAUCUAAGAAGGCUGAAGAAGAACUUAUAAUGAAUCCGCUAGCGUACAAGGUCGCUCCUUGAUCCCCUGAUGGCCAUGACUUCAAAUGGCUGUUCAUGUUAACACCCACUAGUAUCUUCACCUUAUAAAAAUGGGCUCUUAGACAUUUUGCGAGUGUGGAAUUCGCAUUCACUAAAACCGUCAAGUAUUACUUCUGGACGAGCACUCUGGUCUAUAUUAACGUUUAGAUAAUGCGUCCGACUUUCUUUUCAGGCUCGUUGCAGAUCUUCGAGUUUCUUUUGGAUGGUGAAUACUGCGUUGAGAACGUCGUUCAGCUUUCUUCGAUUCUCUAUGAAGCUAGAACAAUGGAGCAUGAUGUUCUUCAUGUCCUUGGGCAUAACGCCGCAUUCAAGACAGUUGGGUGGCUCGUCCAAUCAAAAUCGUGAAGAAUACUUCCUAUAACGAUAGUGCUCACUCAUUACACGAAACUUUACCAGGUCGUAAUCCAAUACGACGUGCCUUCGCUCGUCCUAUUGCUUAAUAUACGGGACCAGGGUAUGGAUCAAGUGGCUGUUGUCGGAAUCAUUCCACGGUUGCUGCCAUUUUCUAUACAGUUCCCUUCUGGUGGCUCUUCGGAAGACUUGCAGUCCCCUCUUCCGCAGUCAUCUUUUUCUGGCAAAAGCCAGUAGAGAAUGAUGCAUGCCUGCAAUGACACACAAUGCCUAUCCCUUUUUUGGCUCAGGGGACUCAGACUCAGGACUAAAGCCUCCCAUGUCUCCACGGGACCACCGUUCUGAUACUGUUUGCGGGACUGUUAACUUAUUAACUGUUCACCCCAGAUGCACGAUGUUCCGCCUCUGCUUCAUUUACUCACUGGUGGAUCUGUUUUACCAUUGCAAAUACUACGUUCCACCCUGUAUCCGAUUCCAUCAUGCACCCGUACCAAGUGGAAAAAAGUGUUCUGCAUCUUCGGCUGUACUUUCACCCAUAGGACAAUCUGGUGAUUCAUCCAAGCUGGACCUAUAGAGGUAUUUCCUGUACCCACCGUGUCCACUUAGGAACUGAGUCAAAUCAUAAUUCGUCUCGCUGUGGUAUUACAUAAUCUACAUACUAAUGUUCGGGAAAAACCUGUGUUGUGUAUCGGCCAUCCUUCCUGUGGUCAUUCGCCCCGCUUUAUCAGCUUGGGCUGCACCGGGGCUACAUCUGCAAUUACACAUGUUGCCUAAUACGAAAUUUUCUGGUAGGUGCAACAUAUUCGGAAAGCGCUUAGCCUAUGUGCAACUGGAAGCCCUCGGUGAUUUUUUAAGAUAUCUAGCGCUGAAGACCACACUGAUGCCGCAUAGAAGACGAUAGAGCUGACAACUCGGGACAGAAGUAAGCAGUAGCUGUGUUUUUUGCCAUUUAUAUUUGGAAGCGCUAUUGCUAAUAUUAUGCUGACGGUAACUUCUUUCUGUACAAUAGGCUUUGGAAAAGGGUUGAACUUCAGCUUCGAAUCGGAAGUUACUCGCAGGCAUUCCAGUGAUAGCUGAGAGCGAACAUUAUGUACUUUAAUGCAUAUUUGAACCGUAUGGCGCUUUGCAAAAAAUACCAACCCAGUUUUAUGUUCAAGUGUCAGCCCGAAAUCUUCUAGUCAUUACUUGAUCGCUCAGAUAGUCUCGCUCGUAUAAAAAAAACAUUACUGGUACACUGGUACGGUUCCAUCACGGAGAAUUGAAUGCUAUCCCGAUGUCAAGUAUCACCACUUCAUGAAAAGCUUUCCGUGACCACGCCUUCUGGAAGCCAAACUGUCUAUUUAAUAAUUAACUAUAACUGGUGCUAUAAUUUGUUAGAUAGACCCGAUUAUAGAUUAUCCACUCGAGAACCUUACCGAAGAUGACAUAUAGGUCUAUAGGAUACUAGUUGCGGCUUACCCAGCUCUACGGGGAAUGCUUUUAGCAGUCUAUGAAUGCUUGUG